AUGCGCAUAAAUUCCGGUAUCCUCACGCUAUUGCUCGUCGCGAGCCCUGCAGUCGCAGCGCCGGCAGCAAGGCAAGAAGCGAGCGAUGAAUACGACUAUAUCGUGAUUGGUAGCGGGCCCGGAGGCGGGCCUCUAGCUGUGAACCUAGCCAAAGCUGGCCACUCCCAUUUCGAGGAGGAGGAAAAGAACAAGGCAAACGACCAUGGUGUCUGGAGAACUACCGAGGGGCGAUAUUGGGUUGGAAAGGAAGAUCCGCCAGAAGGAGCUGAGUUUCUGGGCAUCUACUACCCUCGAGGCGCUACGGUGGGAGGAUCUUCCAUGAUCAAUGCCAUGGCCACUUGGCUUCCCGCGGAUAGCGAUUGGAACUACGUUGUCGAACUGACUGGGGAUGAGUCUUGGAGUGCGGAGAAUAUGCGAGACAUAUUCGCUCGCAUUGAGAAAAAUAACUACCUUCCCGAAGGUACUCCUGGACACGGCUUCGAUGGCUGGUUCGAGACCAUGAUGACAACCGGAUUCGGGCCUCCCGGGAGCGGGAGUGACGCACCUGCCAAUCCAAUUACUGAAUCCAUGGCAUCUGAGAUCGGACUCGACCCGGCUAGCGUGCCAGAGCUCAUAUCCGCUGAUCCUAACGCCGUGGACCCGGAUCGCGAUACGACCCAAGGUAUAUGGGGACUCCCCAGGCACCAGAGGGCCAAUGGCCAGCGAUAUAGCUCCCGGCAUUACAUCCUCGAAUCGAUCGAGGAGGGAAUCCCACUAACGCUCUCCGUGAACUCUCUUGCGACUAAAGUGCUCUUUGAAGCAGGCGAGCCGGACGAUGAAGAGGCCCGGCCUCGCGCUACUGGUGUCGAAUAUCUUGAAGGAAAAGCCAUAUAUGGGGCUGAUCCGCGGAGCGGUGCCGACUCGGAGGAUUAA